AUGGAAAGCAGUCGUGAUUCUGCCGUAAAACAUGGCUGGGGAACUAGGCUUUACACCACCCUGAGCGCUGAUCGGAGUUGCACUCCGAAGCACCCAGAGGGGGAUGAGGAGCAGCCACCCCAACAAGAAAGCCGGCAAGGCUCUAGGGGUAGGUCUCCCAGCUUGCGCCGCGUCGGCGAUAUCUUCAGGAAAAUCAUGGGCCCCUCAAGUAGCCCUCAAAAGGCGGCUUCUGUUUCCGCGUGCCCUCAUGAGAGCCAUCCCUCUACAGCGGCUGCAACAGUCCCCUCAUUCCCUCUAGCCCAUGCGUCGGAACACGCUGGAGAAGAGAGGGCUGCACGUCCACAAGGUAGAUCUCGCUCUGUCGAGCAGUUUCUCCGCCGGCUGCUCUCCUCUUCGGCAGCAGUGAAGGCGCACCGUCGGCAAGAGUCCGCCAACGCUUCUUCCGCUGCUUUUGAGAGCUCGAAUAUGAACCGGGGAGAUCGGCAGAGGGAGCAGUGCCAGAAAGUAAAACAAGCGACACCUCGUGGAAGAAGCCAGCAGCGGUGGGGACUCGGGGGAAAGCCAACGGGCUGCGUCGAUUCCGGAGUUCAAGCGCGUCCAACAACGAAGAACGCUGCUGUGCCUGAGAAUCGGGGGGGUGCAUGCAACGACAGAGCUGGUAGAGGGCAGUUGAGUGCUUCUGCGCUGCCACACCAGUCGUUGGGACCGAAGCCAACGAGCAACCACUCGAACAGGCACCAGGAGUGUACUGGCGAUGAGGCUCCUGUAUUUCAGCAACACAGCGCCCGUCGCAAAGGCAGCACCUGCAUGCCGGUGGCUCUUGAGAGUGAGUCCUUUGCUUUCGCUGGUGCGAGCGGCAAACCAGAAGACAAAGCGUGCGGCAGGAGCAGUAGCAACAGGAGGAAAGGCAGAAGUGGGAGAAUAAGUAGGGCUAGGCGUCACAGCAGCGUGGAGACACCACGGCAGUCUGCAAUUUCUGAGGAGGAGCCGUCUUUUGGUGGGGGCAGCAGUGACGGGCUAAGAGCUGAUGAAAACAAAGAUUUUGGACUCGGAGCUGCGGCAUCAACAGACGCAAGCGCCAGCAACACUGGCAGUUCCCCAAAGAGGGGUCCUUCUACGGAGGAAGUGAUGGUUGUGGAGAGGAUAACCACCCAGAUAACCACCAUCACCACUAUCACUGCGCAGCCCGAAGCGGGGGUCAACAGGGUUGUGCGCAGUAGCGCUGAGUGCACAGUAGACGAGUUGCAGCAACACUGGAGUUUUGGAAGCAGCAGCAGCAGCAAGGCAUGCACUACAACCUGCCCGGAGUCCGUUGACAUCAGCGAGCAAAUCGUGCCCAAAGUGGAAGAAUUAGACUACACAGAAGCUGAGACAGAUAAGCUAGAGCAGCAGCACGAUAAGCAGCCAGAGGUAUCCCUUCCAGAGAGUCCAACAAUCAGCACGAUUGCACACGAGACGUCAACCUUGGCGUCCCCUCAAGUGGACAAGCGCGAGAUCGAACAGCCCCCGCAAGUCUCUCACGAGCAGCAAGACCAGCAGAAAGAAUCCUCCCCGACAACGGAUUACGUGGGAGACUUCUCUGCAUUGCAACAGAAGAAUGCUGACAGUGCAUCCAUACCAAUUCCUCUGGAUGCUCCCGACCAGCGGCCGAUGCCGCCAACGCUGCAGCAGCUCAUGCAGCCUCCCCAUCCGAACGUACCCUGCAUGCAGCAGCACAUGCUGCAGGGGGACGCGCCUGCACAGUGCGUUGGACCUUGCGUGGAGGGAAAUAGCGUAUAUAGUUUUGUUGCCCCUUCGCUACUCCCCUCGUUCUUGCCAGUCACACAACCACCUCAGGUGGACGGAUCCUCGCAGCCCUUUCUGUUCCCUACCGAGUUUCUUAUACAGCAGCAACAUGCGAGCCAGUUUCCAUUUGGGAUCGAGGAAGAGAUGCGGCACCAGCAAGAGACCCAACAGCUACUCAUGUCCACUGAGGUGCUGCAACAGCAGCUGCAGCACCAGCAGCAGUUGCUGCUGUACCAGCAGCAACUACUUGAGACGCAGAAGCACCAGCUUUGGCAGCAGCAGCAGCAGCUCAAGGCUCCACGUGUGAAGCCCUUUUCUUAUAAUGUCUCCGCAGUUCCCGCGGGUGUGUUUGCUGGCCCUCCGGACCCGCUUCUUAGAACUAUGCGGCCUACAGUUUCCCGCAUUGCUGCCUCUGCUGCUCCCCAGGAUGACACGGCACCAGAGGGAGAGACUCCCCUCGCUUCAGGAGCUGCAGCCACACGAGACCAGCUGCAACAACCUUCGGGGUCGCAACAGAUGGCGCCUCGUGUUGCCGGCCGUAAUGGGAACUCUCGGCCUCCAAAGCGCGUGAGCUGGGCAGGAAGUGAGUCGGCAGCAGAACCUCGAGACUUAUUAAGUGGCUUUGCACAUCGUCUCCCGCUUCGUCAUGAGGAGGAACAACAAGACAAGGCAGAAGAGGCUUGGCUGUCUCCCGCCACAGAAAGCACCACAGGAACACCACGGACCGAGGCGGGGUUCAGUCCGUGCAUGUCCCAGCCAUCCCUAUAUCCUACUCUUGGUAAUGACUAUGUGUAA